AUGCACACCAUGCCAGGACAGCCGCCUGGCCAACGGGGACGCAAGCCAGGCCGCAGGAAAACCAAGCUGACAGGGCCCUGGGGCCAGAAGGGGGCCGGAGUAGGACCGCAGGCCCCCCCGCCCGGAAAGGGACUGGAGCCUAUCAAGGUCCCCAAGAAGAGAGGCCCCAAACCGGGGAGUAAGGUACAGACCAAGGACCCAGGUUGGGGAGUCAUGGUUGGGGAGGGUUUGUGGGGUAGGGUUGGAUGUUUCAUCCUGUGUCGCAGCACCCAAACACUCUUUUAUAAUAACAACCUUAUUGGUCAAAAGUUGAACAAAAGUCAACAAUUCACUUCUAUUCUAAUUCCACUGCUACUGAGAAAAGUCAUGUUUGCCCUCCAAUUGACAACUAAUGUGGUUGACAUAACCCUAACAUUGUCCUCUCCCUCCUUCUCUGUGUUUAGUUGGGCUGGGCGAAGAGAGCAGGCUGGCUGGAGGGUGCCAUGGCAGGCCCAGGGCGACCUGUGUCCCGGCCCAGAGGGAGGCUGCCAGCCAACUGGGCCCAGAGGAUGGCCCUGCAGGAGGGUCAUGUGGAGUCCAUCAAGAUCCCAAAAAAGAGAGGGCCCAAGCCUGGCAGCAAGGUAACCACACACAUACACAAUUAUAUAUUUUUAGGUACAAUGUAAGUAAUCCAGCACCUGGGACAAGUGUUUUUUAUGGAUGAGCGCAUUCCACCCCACUAAACGUUGUGUGUCUGUGUGAACAGAAAAAACCGCGGGUGGUGCCCAACCCCAUGCCCGUUUCCCCCACCAGCAGUAUGCCAGAGCCAGACACCAGCACGGUGCCCCUGGACAAUGCCACCAUCCCCAGCGCUGCCUUGCAGGCUGCCACAGGUACACAUACACACACACACACAAAGUAGUGCUCCGUCACUGCAAUUAACACUCAUGGAUUUCUGUGCAGCGCAAUGCAACUUUUAUUAUGAAUACUUGUAUGCACUCGGACAUCCUUGUGAGUCAGUCAUUGAUGAAAAUGUAAUAUUUGUUAAAAAAAUAUGUUUGGAGCAUUAAGUCGAAUCUGCCCUUUUCAGCCGGAGUGGUAUACAUGCUGAGUGUUAGAUGCCUCUGUGUUUGUGUGCGUGACUGCCGGCAUUUACUUACGUGUCCCACAGUGUGUGUAUACCUGAACAAGUAUGGGAAGGUGGGCCCCCACUUGGACGGCCGGCGGGUGCAACAGCUGCCCGACCACUUUGGUCCAGGCCGGGUUUCCUCGGUGCUACAGCAGUGUGUCCAGGCCUGUGUGGACUGUGCCCACAACCAGAGCUCUGUCUUCUCCUGCCUCAAGCCAGGUCACGGAGGAGAGGUCAUAUCAGGUAAGGUCUGGGACUGGUACCUGCUUUCUGUAUGGGCUAUGGUUUCUGUAAGCUUUAUUAGAAGUUUGGUUAUAGAGAUUUUUCCUUCAUUUAUUUCAAGCCUCCCUGUGCACUACAUCAGGACCAGUUGUUAAAACAGACUGGUAGAUCCUUUUUUCCUGAAAUUUGUCAAACCAAAAGCUCUAUAUCUCCUUUUCACUUGGCAUUGCUGCUAAGUGUGAGGAACAGUAUUGGCUGUCUGAGCCUAACCCUUGCUCUCUGUGACCCAUGCAGCCCACUUUGACCAGCAGCACCAUACCCUCACCCUGCCCACGGUCAACAGCGUCACGUACGUCCUGCGCUUCCUGGAGAAACUCUGUCACAACCUCUACUGUGACCCUCUGUUUGGCAGCCAGCCCGUCCCCCGAGGGGGCCUGCAUUACGACAGCCACACCUACCCAGGUCAGCACACACACACACACUGUACUGGGGCAAAACCUUGGCUUUUCUGUUGGUUCAGGACAGAAAAGGGUUGUCUGUUUGUUUUUGGCCUUUUCACCAUUGUAACAGUGUCGAUUUGAGUCAAGUCUGUAGGUAUUUACUUUUCACCUCUCAGUUUUUCUUUUCUGUUACUACACCCUCCAGAAAGGAGAAGUUUUAGGGAGGGCCUCACGACAGGUCCAGGCAGAGGCUCCAAGCGGUUCCUUCAAGACUCCUACUACAGCCCCCUCCCCCACAAGCUGGCCAAAAACCUCUGCCUCUCCUCGGAAGGUACAGCUCCUUAG